CGGUAAAAUCUCCAUGCGAACGGCAAAUUGGAAAGAAGAAACACUCUAACCUUACACCAUUGAUUUUCGCCAGAAGAUUUGCUAAAAACAACUUCGAAAAUGUUCCAAAACAGUGCUGCUCGCCUCUUGGUCCCCGCCAUCCGCAGUGCUAUGCAGAGCCGCUGCCAAUCCGUGGUUUCUGGCCCCCCGACCAAGCACAUCUCCACGGCCGAGAAGGUGAUCUUGGGCGGCGGCAUGUGCGCUGCUUCCCUGUUCAUCCCCGCCUGGGUGCUCUACCACAUCCGUGACUACAAGGGCGACAAGUAACUUGCUUUUUGUUACGUUUAUCACACCUAAUACUAUGUAAAGUAAAAAGUAUCAAUGCAUAAUUAGUGUCCCUAAUCACAGGAAAUAAACGAAAGUGGAUUGAACCAUA